AAUUUCGAACUUUGCUCUCCUUUUCUUCCGCAUUUUCCCUCCCCCAUUUGAACCUCGAUCGUGCACGCUCAAGAUCUCUCUCUCUCUCUGUCAGUAGAAAUGGGGGGCUCCCACAGUCGGGAAGAUAAGGAAAUCUGGGAGUCAGACGAGGAAUAUGAAGACGAAAGCGAAGAAGAAGAUGAGGAAGAUACGUUCGAGGAUGCAAGAGGCGCUACACCUGACAAAUCUUCCUCAGUUGGUCGUCGUCGUCGACCCAAAUCUCCUUCAUCGAUUGACGAUGUGGAGGCGAAGCUGAAAGCCCUGAAACUCAAAUACCCAUCAUCGAACCAAGCCCCGUCUUCGCAGAAUGCUGUUCGACUUUUCCGCUACAUCAAUGGUAACACUCCCAAAGCCAAAUGGGUCACGGCAGAGAAGCUGACUGCUUAUUCUUUCGUCAAGACCUCCAAAAUCGAUGGGGAAGAAGAUGAUCAUGAUGAAGACGAAGACGACUUGGAAAAGGGGUGGUGGGUUUUGAAAGUCGGGAACAAGAUCCGGGGAAAGGUUUCAGAGGAUAUGCAGUUGAAGACUUAUAAAGAUCAACGCCGUGUUGAUUUCGUUGCUAAAGCUGUUUGGGCGUUGAAGUUUCCCAGCAUUGAAGAUUAUACUGCUUUUGUGAGUAAGUAUAACGAUUGCUUGUUUGAGAACAAUUACGGUGUUGAGCUGAAUGAGGCCAAUACGGCUAAAAUUUACGGUAAAGAUUUCAUAGCGUGGGCAAAUCCUGAGGCUGCUGAUGAUUCUAUGUGGGAAGAUGCUGAUGAUGUUUUGCUUAAAAGUCCUGAGUCGGCAACACCAUUGAGGGAAACGCAGGAUCUGACAGAGGCCUUUGAGGAGGCGGCCAGUGAUGGCAUUCAGAGCUUAGCUUUAGGUGCCUUAGAUAAUAGCUUUCUGGUUGGAGAUUCUGGUAUUCAGGUUUUCAAGAAUCUUAGGCAUGGAAUUCAAGGGAAAGGAAUUUGUGUUAAUUUUGAUGCCGGGUAUAGUCGAAGUGCCAGAAAUGUCGCCCAUUCUACCCCAAAGAAGGCUCUUCUUAUGAAAGCUGAGACAAACAUGCUGCUUAUGAGUCCCAUGAAUGAAGCCAAACCUCAUUCAACUGGAAUCCAUCAACUUGACAUUGAAACUGGGAAGAUUGUUUCGGAAUGGAAGUUUGGGAAGGAUGGAGUUGAUAUCUCUAUGAGAGAUAUUACUAAUGAUAGCAAAGGAUCCCAAUUGGAUCCAUCCGGAUCAACGUUUCUUGGUUUGGAUGAUAAUAGGCUUUGCAGGUGGGAUAUGCGUGAUCGACAAGGGAUGGUUCAGAAUCUUGCUACUGCUAGUGCUCCUGUCUUGAAUUGGACACAAGGGCAUCAAUUUUCAAGAGGCACUAACUUCCAGUGCUUUGCCACCACUGGAGAUGGCUCCAUUGUUGUUGGAUCUCUUGAUGGGAAGAUUAGACUGUACUCUAGCAAUACCAUGAGACAGGCAAAGACAGCUUUCCCUGGUCUUGGUUCACCAAUAACUCAUGUGGAUGUUACUUUUGACGGUAAAUGGAUAGUGGGUUCGACAGAUACGUAUUUGGUUGUCAUAUGCACCCUUUUCACUGACAAGGAUGGGAAAACAAAGACUGGUUUCUCAGGUCGCAUGGGAAAUAGAAUCGCCGCUCCAAGGUUGUUAAAGCUAAGACCUUUGGAUUCACAUUUAGCUGGAACUAGCAAUAAGUUCCGGAAUGCUCAGUUUUCUUGGGUGACCGAGAACGGAAAGCAAGAACGACAUGUGGUGGCAACUGUUGGCAAAUUCAGUGUGAUAUGGAACUUUCAGCAAGUGAAGAAUGGGGCACAUGAAUGCUACCAGGACCAGGAGGGUCUGAAGAAAUGUUACUGCUACAAGGUAGUCCUCCGGGACGAAUCCAUAGUGGACAGUCGCUUCAUGAAUGACAAAUACGCAAUCAGUGGUUCACCUGAGGCACCUUUGGUUAUUGCAACUCCCAUGAAAGUCAGCUCUUUCAGCUUAUCCAGCAGGCGAUGAUCAACUCGAUUCUACAUUGACAUUUUCAGUUCUAGCUAGUUUGUAACACAUGUUGUGGUUCUUUGGUAUGUUGUUUGAUUCAGACAAAUGGUACUUGUUGAUGUUUUGGCAUGACUCUUAACUCUUAAGGUGAUUAUAAUGUAAUGAUUGCUUGGGUGUUUA